CUCAUAAAGAGACGACGGCCAAGGGCUGAAACCAACCAAUUCACUGACUUGCAUACCGUCUAUAGUCCCCUGCUUAUCUGCCCAGCAGGCUACCUUUCUUUCUGAUGCUGUCCGAGUCCGAGGGCCAGUCUCGCCGUUUGCCCACGUUAGUCACAUUUUGCCAACGUGUCCUCUCUACAUACACAGAUUCUAUAAGCAGUUUGGGAGCCGAUGCCAUACGGUAUGAUGUGAUUAAGCCGGUGCUGGAAUGUUGUUCUGCAGAUACCCUUCUUCAUCUGGAACAAUCGUCACCUUACCUUGAGAAUGAUACCUCUGAAAUAUGGCAACGGUUGUGUUGGAGAACGUUUCCACUAUUAGCCGAACAGUAUUUGCAAGAAGGCUCUGAGGCUCCCGAAUCGUGGCGCGAGCAAUUCUUCCUAUUACGAGAGGCGGAGGCCAAACGGCUUGAACUAGUGGGUUCUCGUCUCCGCAGUCAGCGCAUGGAAGCGGAUGAACGGAAGAGGGAACGUGAGGUUAAGAUCACCGAUCGCCUACCUCCCCCGAAACGUGCUCGAGGAUGGGGAGCACCGAGUCAACCCAAGACACUCUUUCAGAAAACAAAGAAUGAGGCCACCAAGUUUCGUAGCUCUAUGUACACCGCUCGCGUCCUUCCUCCUAAGCGACACCGCCCGCUGCAUAGUUCACCUAGUCUAAAGCCCGCAGUACAUGGACCUUCUGAACCAACCAAGAGCCCAACCAAGAGCAUGGUCACCGUCAAGACAGUCACCCACAAGCGACCGUCUAUCAUGCCUGCACCGCCUCAGUCAUCUGGCCGACCUCCCACAUCAUCAGACUCAGCCCCUGCCACUCCUCGGAAAUUAGCUGCAUCUCUUCCUUCUGCUGGUUCACCGAAACUUUUACCGACAGCACAACCAUCACCAUCCACAGGAGAACAGCGACUGGUUAAGGCUCCAAUAAAUAAGAAGGACCCCAUGUCUUCUUUGUUCAUGCCGAAACACCGCACCCUUUCCCAGCUUCCAGGACAAACCAGUAAUGCACGUAUCAUGCCGACCCGGUAACCUUCGAAUUGAGGCUACUUACUCAAUUACAUUUGUUCUACUCGAUGAUUUUAUUUAGCCCUUGUAUUGUGGUUGUCAGGGCCAUCAUCUAUUAUGCUUUGCAUUGUUGUACGACUAUCUGAGUAGUGUAUGUCUAGCGUGUCUACCAUUUGCUAUCCGUCGCUAUCCCCGUUGACGAUAUGGUUGUUGACAUUAUUACCAUCUGUUAGAUGCACAUCCCUUCAGCAAUACUUCUCAAGUUUUUUCUACACCACGAAAUCUAUUUAUCUAUCUAUCUAUAUAUAUAUGA